GCAGUGGGAUAUGACAAGGGAGAAAAGUCUGGAAAGAAACAGAAUUUCACUAAGGAGAAGCCCAAGCCAGUCACUGACCUUCUGGGAGGAUCACACCUGGGGGGCUGCAGAAGAGAAUUCCCUUUGGACACCCUGGUUGGCACAAGGCUCCCACUCCCUGGGUGUUUGGGCAAGGACAGGUUUUACUCCGAGGAGCAGGACCAGCACCCAGGGCAGCAAUGGAGCGCCUGGCCUCCUUCAGCAAUGACCCCUUUGACAAGCCCCCGUGCCGAGGCUGCUCCUCGUACCUCUCGGAGCCCUACGUGAAGUGUGCUGAGUGUGGGCCCCCUCCCUUCCUCCUGUGCCUGCAGUGUUUCACCCGAGGAUUUGAAUACAAGAAACAUCAAAGUGAUCACACCUACGAGAUAAUGACAUCCGAUUUCCCUGUCUUGGAUCCCAACUGGACAGCUCAGGAGGAAAUGUCUCUCCUCGAGGCUGUGAUGGACUGUGGAUUUGGGAACUGGCAGGACGUAGCCAACCAGAUGUGCACCAAAUCCAAGGAGGAGUGUGAGAAGCACUACAUGAAACACUUCAUCAACAACCCCCUGUUUGCAUCCACCCUGCUGAACCUGAAGCAGGCAGAGGAGGUGCAGCACCAGGAAACAGCCAUUCCCUUCCACCCUGCUGAUGAUCCCCCACGGCCAACUUUUGAUUCCUUGCUCUCCAGGGACAUGGCUGGGUACAUGCCAGCCAGAGCUGACUUUGUUGAGGAGUUUGACAACUAUGCCGAAUGGGAUUUGAGAGAUAUUGAUUUUGUAGAAGAUGAUUCAGACAUUUUGCAUGCCCUGAAGAUUGCAGUUGUAGAUAUCUAUCAUUCCAGGUUAAAGGAAAGGCAGAGAAGGAAAAAAAUUAUAAGAGAUCAUGGCCUGAUCAACCUCAGAAAAUUUCAGAUUUUGGAGAGGCGGUACCCGAAGGAGGUUCAGGACCUUUACGAGACCAUGCGACGCUUCGCUCGCAUCCUGGGCCCGGUGGAGCACGACAAGUUCAUCGAGAGCCACGCACUGGAGUUUGAGCUGCGAAGGGAAAUAAAGAGACUCCAGGAAUACAGAGCAGCAGGAAUCACCAAUUUCUGCAGUGCCAGGACCUACGACCACCUGAAGAAGAGCCGGGACGAGGAGCGGCUGAAGCGCACGAUGCUCUCGGAGGUGCUGCAGUACAUCCAGGACAGCAGCGCCUGCCAGCAGUGGCUCAGCCGCCAGGCAGACAUUGAUUCCGGCCUGACUCCCACGGUACCAGUUCCUUCAACUACAGGCAGACGGAGCGCCCCACCUCUGAACCUCACAGGGCUGCCAGGGACAGAGAAACUCAACGAGAAGGAGAAGGAGCUCUGUCAGAUGGUGAGGUUGGUCCCUGGAGCCUAUUUGGAAUAUAAAGCUGCUUUAGUGAACGAGUGCAACAAACAGGGGGGCCUGAGACUGGCGCAGGCUCGAGCCCUCAUCAAGAUCGAUGUGAACAAAACCAGGAAAAUCUAUGACUUCCUGAUCAGAGAAGGAUACAUCACAAAGGCCUGAGGACAGGCAGCUUUGGCUGGAGCAGGCAGAUGUGGAGAAGCUUUGAAGUCACUUUGACAGCGCUGAAAGAUUUUACCAGUGUUGAAUGAAGGACAUUUCCUUUUGUUUGAAACCUUUCGGGGCUUUUUUUUUUUUUUUUUUUUUGGUAAAAACAAGUAGGGAGCUUUGUUAAAUUGUAUGAAUGCUGACAUUUCUUUGUCUGGGUUCGUUUUGACUCUGCUGUUGUCAGAAUUCCUCUGCCUCGGAGCGCUGGAAAGGAUCACAUGCCAUAUAAGCUAAUCUUAAACGUGGAUGGGCAUUGAUUCCUCACACCUCUGUGACUGCAGAGCAUCACGGUACCUUUAUGCUGACAGUGGCACAGAAUAAGGCCAGAAUAAGUCCCACUUCGUGCAGUACAGGUAUAGAAAUGCAGUCCCCUCCCUCCCUGUGCUCCUUCCUAAAUCAGUGGCAGCUUUCAAAGGUGACAGCACGUGCCCCAGCUAUAAAAAUAGAGCUUGCAGAGGUCCGGCCUUUUUAACUUAAUUGUGAUAAAGGAUGGGAAAGGACAUCGCAGGGAGUCUCCUCAACAGUUGUUACUUUUAUGUGGUAUUAGCACAUAUCCCAGCAGGAGGGCACUGCACAACCCAAUGAGCUUCAGCUCCUCGCCUCUUAUUUGGGAUUGUCAAAUUAUAUAUAAUCCCCCGGUUUCAGUCUUCGGCUUGUUGGGAAGGCUGGAAAUUACAGCCACUGCAGCCUUUGGGAACAGGAAUAAAAAGACACUCAGAACUCAACGUUCUCCCACAGAAAUUAAGGAGUGAAGAGCACAAAGCUCCUGUUGUGGGGUUUUACUCCCUCAGCCUAGUCAGCAGCUUGCCCACUGACCAACAAGCAGUGAGGAGGAGCAACAAGUUACUGAACACACAACCCCCCCCGUCACAUCAGCUGAUCCCUGUACAGCUUCAGUACAGAACAUUUGGAUUUGGCAAUAAUUGGAUGAUGAAGAUGGUUCUUUGCAGAUGCAGCUCGGCGUGGCUUAUUGCACAGUAAAUUGUUUGUCAGACUGCUUCCUGCUAAGGUGUAAUGCUGGAAUAAUGUCCCAUAGAAAACCUGACAAACUAAAGCAAGUGGCGUGUUGGCUCUCAAGUUUGGGAUCUCGUGGAAAAGCCGAAGUGAGCCACAACUACACCGAUACCUGUUUAAGGUGUUUGGGUUUGGGUGGUUUUGUCCCCGAGAGUAAUUAUCCUGUGGACCUGAGGUGCCAGUGAAUGUGAAGUAUUUUGGUUUGUAAUAAAAUCAAAAUGACUUGAAACAAUCUUACAUCCACGUCCCUGGACUCCGAGUGAGACUGUAAAGGUCACGCAGCUGCCUGGAUCUGUAUCCAUCAGCUUCUCACCAGGAGAAGGGAGAUAAACGCACAACAGCAGCUGUGGGGAUGGGACGGCUGCACUUCCUAGAAAAUAAUGCUAUUUAAAGAAAAGCAGCAGUAAUAAACUACAUGUUGAAGAUUAAAGUCUGUAGAAAUUGAGACUCUAUAACUGGGAAUGCUGAGGGAAUGACGGUGAGCUGUAAUGCCUUGGGAAUGUGUUUCCCACUUUUAACAUUAAACAGCCAAACUGCUUUU